AUUGCAAUAAUAGUUUUAGUAUUAUAUUAGUAAUAGUAAUAAUUAUUAUUAUUGAUAUUCUUGUUAUUGUUGUUGUUAUUCCUCAUGUAAAGACACCCUAAGUGCAAACCUGUGUAUUUGGAAUGUACUGUAUAUGCAUAGAUGACAUUUAUUGUAUAGAGAGACCAUAAUUAUACUCUUAUAAAUUAUAAGUUGUUGUUUUUUCUUGACAUAAUAUUUUAGAGACUUGUGAGGACUAUGGGAAUGUUACAGUGAGAAAUGAGAGUAUUUUCUGCAGUAUGUAUUUUCCCUGUGUUGAUUUAUAUUUGAAUAAAUACUUUCUCUGCAUCUCUGUGUUUAGCUUUUUGUAGUGUAGCGGAAUAAAGAAAGCAAAAGACAUGACUAAUAAGACGAAUUAAAACCGUAAAGGAAGGGGUUAUAUCUAUAAAAAUGCAUAUUUGUGUAAUGUUAUGUCGCAAUAAAAUAUCGGCCGCGCGCGUUUCACGCUUUCCUAGCAGAGCGCGUGCGAUACUAUGCGCGCUCCCGGCGAAGAUUCUGGGGAUGCUUGCGUUUGAGGCGAAGAACGAGGACGCGCGUCUGGCAGAACUAGGCAGAUCUCCGCCAGCCUUCCUGCUCACACAAUAUCGGAAGGAGAGCGCAGAAACGCUACGGUGGACAGGUGAAGAUGGAGAAAGUGUUAGGACUCGCCGUGGUGUCCAGUAUAUUAUGUGUCGGCUCGGUUUUGGGGAAAUACGUCAGAGGAAUCGUCAACACAAAAGAGGACUGGGUUUUCCUCACAAGGUUUUGCUUCCUGACUGAUUUUGGCCGAUUGAACUUCAAGUUCCGAUACCCCAAGUCCCGAUGCUGUCAAAACAUAUUGCUCUACUUUGAUGAAAGCUCUCAGUGGCCAGCUGUGUACAAGAGGCCGGACAAGGAUUGCUACCUGAAAGAGUCAGUAUUGAGGCCUGAAAAUAACCAGGUCAUCAACCUAACCACCCGCUACACCUGGUCUGGCUGUAUGGUGGAAGGCGAAGGUAAUGAAGAGAUGCUGAGUUGUGUAGGAGGUCGAAGUUUUCGUUCUGUCAGAGAGAGAUGGUGGUACAUUGCUCUCAGCAAGUGUGGGGGAGAUGGGCUGCAGCUGGAAUAUGAAAUGACAUUAACCAAUGGACAGUCCUUCUGGACCCAGCAUUUCUCUGCAGAUGAGUUUGGCAUCCUGGAGACAGACAUCACGUUUUUGGUUAUUUUCGCCCUUGUGUUUACACUGUCUUGUUAUUUUGCUUAUAAUUUAAAGGGAAGACAGCUACUCCAUACGACCUAUAAGAUGUUUAUGACUGCAGCUGGAGUGGAGGUCUUAAGCCUGCUUUUCUUUUGCAUUUACUGGGGCCUUUAUGCCAGAGAUGGUGUUGGGAAUGGCAGCCUCAAGAUAUUAGGGAAAUCACUCUUUUCUGUGAGCUUCCUGAUUUUCUUGCUCAUGCUGGUUCUCCUGGGGAAGGGAUUCACAGUCACCAGGGCAAGAAUAAGUCACAGUGGCUCUGUGAAACUAUCCAUUUAUAUGACAAUAUACACCAUCACCUACAUCAUCCUCUUCAUAUAUGAAGCAGAAUUCUUUGAUCCAGGCGAGGUGCUGUAUGCUUAUGACAGCCCUGCAGGGUACGGUCUAAUGGGUUUGCAGCUGCUUGCCUACGUAUGGUUCUGCUACGCUGUGCUGGUGUCCCUCAAACACUACCCUGAAAAACAACCUUUCUACAUCCCCUUCUUCACUGCGUAUACUCUAUGGUUUUUUGCUGUGCCAGUUAUGGCUCUGAUUGCCAACUUUGGCAUCUCUCGCUGGGCCAGGGAAAAGAUUGUGAACGGCAUCCAACUCGGCAUCCAUCUCUAUGCCCAUGUCGUCUUCCUGGCCAUCACACGUCCGUCAGCAGCCAAUAAGAACUUUCCCUACCACGUGCGCACGUCCCAGAUAGGAAUCCUUCUCUCCAGUCCUAAAGGCAUGGGGGCAGAAAGCUUCCCUCAUCAUGCUUAUGGGAAUAGCUCCUUCCUGGGAGACUCUCAGCCAAACUUCACAGAGCUCUUCUCUAUCCACACAGACCCUGUGAAGACGAUAGAUGAGACAGUGGCUCGUAAGGGACAGGAAGUGCCAAGGAACAGCGAGCACAAGAUCAUCACCACAACAGCGGACCUGUCAUCUACAUUCGCCCCUCUUCCUCCUCCCAUACCACCACGCAGCUCUGCACACUCUCCCCCUCCUCCUAGAUUAACGUCCCACUUCACCGAGUAUUUUAGUAUGCAAGGGGCCACGGGAAUGGGCUCCAAAGCCUAGAGCAGGCCAUAGAGGAACGGGCCAUGCGGAAACUACCUUCAAACAUCUAUGAGGUGGAAAAGAGUUAAUUAUUUCAAUAGAUUAGAUUAAGGCAAGCGUGAAAAAGUAAAGCCAUUUUCAAAAAAGUUACUAAACAUCCAUAUCUUUGAAUUUGUAAAGAGAAAUGCAAGCUGCAGAACGUCAAGAGAGAGUGGGGUAUAACCUGGUCACACAGCUCCUAAAAAAUAAGCAAUAAAUAAUUCAGUGAGAUGAGAGUCACUGGAGAGAGAUAAUAUACAAGCAGUGCAAUAGUGACAGGAGACAAUGGUGAAUCUAUAGUAUAGAUAUUUCAAGCUUAAUGUGACAGUAGGCUAGAGAUGUACAGUAACAGUAGUGAGCUCUUGACACAUUUUUGAAUGCUUCGUUUAUUUCAAGUGGUGCUGUUAAUAUUUGUAUUUCCAUGCCAUUUUAAUGCAACAGAACCAAGUAUUCAUCUCCCUCACUAAAUUUUUUUUAACUGUUUUUUGAGAAUUUAUGUACACAUUUUGUCUGUAAAGUUGAGAUAAUUUAGGGUUUAUAUAUUUUUAUUCACAUUGAAUACAGCUAGAGACUUUGCAAACUGAUGUUAAACUGCAAAGGCAAGUUGACUGUGGAACAACUAGUAUUUGUAAACCAUGCAUGUCUGUGCUCUGUCUACAUUCUGAUAUAUUCAGUGUAAUCUUGGGUGUGCCUAGUUUUCACAACUAGCAGUCUUAAUUUUGUAUGCAGUACACAGUUUACAGUUACAGUAUGUAGAGAAUAUUUAUGGCAAGCGGAUGAUGAAUGAUGACGUUCAUCUUUAUCCCAGUCUUUCUGUAUUGUCCAGUCCCCGUGCAGGGGUGUGUGGAGUUCAAAAACUCUGAACAGUUCAGAGUUCAGAUUCAAUUUCUGCAAACUUCGUUACACAUUUGUAUGUUUAAUAACACUCACAGCGGUCUUCAGUGGAUAUGGAGAUUUUUAUUCUGUGAGUAGAUCUUUUAUUCUGUCAGUGAGUAGAAAGUAGAUUCAUUCAGUCUGCUGGGAUUAUCAUAAGGUUUGUUUACUUGGAGUAUGAUGAAAAUAUAGCUCUACUCCUACAGAAACACUUUGUAUUGACUGCAUGGAUCACUUUACUGUUUUUAAACACUUCAUUACCAUCAGAGACCCUUGAAAAUGCAAGCAUAAUGCAAUACAGUGAAAGACAGAUAUACAGGUAAAAUGUGAAGGUUUUAUCUGUAAAAUAUCCAUUAUCACGGCUGUAUUGUU